AUGGAGGAGGCGUUAACGCAGACAUCGUUCCACUGCCUCGUGUGCAACCGCCCCAACCCGCUUGGGUUGCUACAGCCCUGGUGCCCGACGUGCGGCACACUUAGCCCCGUUGCAGCUACGGGGUCACCAAAGACCUUGUGGCGGUGUGUGGAAUGCCACACCAUUACUCCAUGGCUUUUCACACACUGCCAAUGCUGUGGUGGAGCGAAACCGGCGCAAACUUUACGUUUUGAUACACCCUGGUUUACUCCUAUUUGCAGUAGCUGCAAGGCAACCAACCCCACCUGGAGCGUCGUUUGUCACGGCUGUGGUGCUAGGCUGGCUGCUUGUGGAGAAAGGGAGGAACGAGAGGAGGGAAAACGGGAGGAAUUGGAGGUCAACCCUGCUGUGGGUGAAGUUGCUGCUGCCACCAGCUCAACUUCGUGUCGGCACUGUGGCCUUCCUUCGCGCAAACGAAGCGCAGCAUCCGUGGUACGACUGUGA